AUGGUAAGGGAGCUAUCGAUGUUGACCACAGCGCUACAAACGUUUGAAUUGGAACUUGGCGGUGAUGGCAAGACACAUCAAAAGGAAUUACGUACUGAAGAACGGGAACAGGCUACGACCCAGCCUGUCAUAAAAACUGGCCGGUACGAGGAACUGCGAGAGAAGAAACAGAAAAUCGGCAAGAAGCCAGGAAAUGCGGGUAGCCACAAAUCUUCAAAAUUCAAUAAAUGGAAGACUCACAACAAUAGGAAGCAACAAGCUAAGGGACCUAAAUCUGAGCUCCGGAAUGUGAGCCAGAUAAAGAAGAUCAGAAAGAAAUCUGCGAAGCUACAGGAGUACAUGGAACACCGAAGGCAAGAAAAUCUCAAGAAGAAAGCGAAUCGUGCUUCUGGAGCAAAGCAUGUUGGCGGAAAGCGGAAGAAAUAA